AUGCAGGUGCGCGGUCGGCCCGAACCCGCAGUCAACCCGCGGGUCCCUGCGGUUUCGGGCGGUUGGAUCCUCAAAAAUAUGAGUGCAUGUCAGUGGUGCGGAGGGGUCGGGAGGCUGUUAAUAAACAAAAAAAUUCAUGCUGACAAACAGGAUCGCUCCUUCCUGACACCCGCGCUAACCUCAGAACACUCCAGUUCCGAGGACAGACGUGUGAUCUACAACAGAGGCACCGAGACUGAUGACGGUGUGGGCCUCACAGCAUGA